AGAGUGGCAGCUUUGUGAGAUUCCAUUUCUUCUUCUCGUACCACAUCAAUUUACAACUUCCAAAAAAUAUACAAUACUACUAGCACGCGACGCGCUCCCGAUAUCCUAUCAUUACCGUGAACGAUUAUCCAUUGAAAACUUGAUUGUUAUUCAUUGGUUACAAGCAUCACAUUUCAACAAACAGCAAGCAUUCAAUCUACUUUGCAUUCACUUUUCACUCGAUCAGAAAAGCUAAUUUGAUUGCAAGAAAGAAACCAUCCAGCACGCGAACAGUUCAAUUCCACUUGACAUCCUUGCCAUCCACUUUCAUUACUCUUUUAAUCAGCAUUCAUCCACAUCUUCAUUCAUCUUAUAAUCAAUCACCCUUCCAUCCAGCUAGGAAGAUGACUUUCUCUUUCAACGGUGGCUUUCCAUCCGCUCAAAUGCCUGCAUCCGAGAUGCAAGCUACUUCACCUAUGCCAUUCUCAAACGAUCUCAACCGCAAACGCAAGGAUAUGGAUGAGACUGAAGAUGAUCAACAAAAUAGCGAUGUUGAACGUCAAUCAGUCUUCAAAGGCUUGCGCAAAUUCGCCAGUAUGUCAAGGAAGAAUGGCGGGGAUGAACAAGCACAAUUUCAUCCGCUUCCAUCUGACUUGAACAUGAGGCUUUUGACAAAUUUGGGUUACAUUGAUCCAUCAAAUCAAAUGCAAUUCGAUACUUCCUCAAGGCCAAGCCAUUCACCCACAUCAUCUUUCUCCGACUUCGGAGGUCCUUCAACUCCAAUCGAUUUCAGUUCUGCCGAAUCAUACUUUACAAAAGGUAUGCGACGUGAUUCAGAAGCAGAAUAUCCCGACUUCAACUUUUACCCCACCGGCGAUAAUCGUCCAAGAACGCCAGGCCUUUUGGGUAUGCACAUGGAACCUCCAUCCGUUGGCAGUCAAGACGCCAAUGGAAUGCAAGUUGACGGCAUGGAAGAUGUUACACCCGCUGCGCCAAAACAUGGAAGUCAUUGUAGAUCCAUUCCGCAAUUACACGUUCGCAGCGAGGCAGGAAUCUCUUCAGAAUUGUGGGCAUUCUGUGCCGAUUGCGGUUCCAACAGCAAAGUGGAAGGUGCCCCGAUCGGUGAUUCUCUCUCCUACUCCCCCUAAAUGUACACUAUGACCGCUUUUUCCUUUCUUCUCUUAUCUGUAUCGUUCGUUCCCUAGCCGCUCAGCACAUCAAGCACAACAAGCACUCUCAGAGACUUUUGCUUCGACUCUCUCCUUCGAUUUUUACUUCUCGAAUCAUCAUUUCGGCCUAUCCAUCGAAAGCAGGCAUAGAUCGUUAUGACCUGUCCCUGCCCCUUUUUUUUCUCGUUUUCGUUCGCGUCCCUGCCUGUAUCAUUAUUUUUCCGGAUGUGGAAAUGUGUCUUUCCGGAGUGGUUUAUCAAACAAACUCCAAGUCAAGGACUACCUUUCUGUUGUGUACCUUUUUUGUAUUUCAUAGAAAACAACAAACAUGGAUUU